GCUUUCCCGGAGCGCUGUCUUGUAAGCGCCCCGUCCCACCUGCGAGCACACGUCAACGUGCUGACGUCCUCGCGGCGCUUACGUCCCACCGCCCAGCUACCGUCAGAGCCUUCCGGAAUCUGUCUGAGCCAGUUAAAACGCUGUUGGAACUGAAGGCCACCAGCGACGUAGUACCGAGUGGGUCGGGACCUCUGUUUUCCCAAAGAUGGCCCGUUUCUCCGGCGAGGACGAGGUGAUGCUGCAGGCGAUGCUGAGGCAGUUGUUCCAGAGCGUGAAGGAGAAAAUCACGGCUGCUCCCUCCCUGGAGUGCGCCGAGGAGAUCCUCUUACAUCUGGAGGAAACUGAUGAAAAUUUUCACAACUAUGAAUUUGUGAAAUACCUUAGACAGCAUAUAUGUGACACUUUGGGGUCUAUGAUUGAAGAAGAAAUGGAUAAAUGGACAUCUGAUCAAAAUCAGGGUGAGGAAUCUGGCUAUGACACAGUUGUACAGCAUGUCACUAAAAGAAUUCAGGCAUCUAAAGAAUACAAAGAAAUGAUGCAUUCCCUGAAGAACACCAUGAUGGUAGUGGUAGAAUCUAUGAUUAACAAGUUUGAAGAGGAUGAGACACGAAUUCAGGAGAUGCAGAAAAAAAUCCAAAAGGAGAAAAGCAGUAGUUACUGCACAGACAAUUGCUCUGAUAGUGAUUCAUCUUUCAAUCAGAGUUACAAACUUUGUCAAGGAAAAUUACAAUUGAUUUUAGACCACUUGGAUCCUGCGCAACCUAAAGAGGUGAGAUAUGAAGCCUUGCAAACGUUAUGUUCAGCUCCACCAUCUGAUGUUCUCAACUGUGAAAAUUGGACCAUUCUUUGUGAAAAACUGACAGUGUCUCUUUCAGAUCCUGAUCCUGUGUUUAGUGAUCGGAUUUUAAAAUUCUAUGCACAGACAUUUACACUUUCGCCGUUACAUAUGACCAAGGAAAUUUAUACAAGCUUAGCUAAAUAUUUGGAGCUAUACUUUCUGUCUAGAGAAAAUCAUAUUCUUACUCUUUCAGCUGGUAUAGAUACAACUAAUCCAAAUGUUAUCCGCUUGCUUAAAAAGGUUCGUCUUCUAAAUGAAUAUCAGAAAGAGGCUCCAUCUUUCUGGAUUCGUCACCCUGAGAAGUAUAUGGAAGAAAUUGUGGAGAGUACUUUGUCCUUAUUAUCAGUUAAAUAUGAUCAAAGUCAUCUUGUCUCACAAAAGAUUUUGGAUCCGAUCCACUUUCUUGCAUUGGUUGAUACUAAGGCUGUAUGGUUCAAAAAGUGGAUGCAUGCAUAUUAUAGUAGAACUGCAGUACUAAGACUUCUUGAAAAGAAGUAUAAAUCCCUGGUAACCACAGCAGUGCAGCAGUGUGUUCAGUACAUUGAGUUAUGUGAGACCAUGAAAGCUGAUGAGAUUUGGCAGCAUUCAAAGCAUUGUGGGAUCAAACAGAAAACGUUCUACUACUCAGGACAAGAAUUGCAAUAUAUUUAUUUCAUUCAUUCACUGUGCCUUUUAGGAAGAUUAUUGAUCUAUACACAAGGCAGAAAACUCUUUCCCAUAAAGCUCAAGAAUAGAAAAGAUUCUGUAUCCCUUAUAGAUCUUCUGGUUCUGUUUACCCAACUUAUCUACUAUUCACCAAAUGGUCCAAAGAUGACAUCAGCUGCACAUUUAGAGAAUUACUCUCCUGCAAGUAUGGUAACUGAAGUUCUUCAGAUACUCUGUGAUCAUAAGGAAUGUGCAAUCGAAUGCUUAUAUAGCAACACUGUGAUUGAAACACUUCUUCAGCCUAUUUAUAAUUUAAUGAAAGAAACUAAGGCUGCUCCAAAUUGCUCUGAAACAGCUUUAAUCCAUAUAGCUGAUAUUUUGGCAAGAAUUGCAUCUGUAGAAGAAGGACUUAUCUUACUUCUUCAUGGAGAAAAUAUGAACUCUUCUGGAGGAAAAAAUCCUACAGGUGCUCAUAUAAUUGCCCAGUUUUCAAAAAAACUUCUUGAUGAAGAUAUUUCUAUUUUUGCUGGAUCCGAAAUGUUGCCUGUGGUUAAAGGAGCUUUUAUUUCUGUUUGUCGUCAAAUAUAUGAUACAUGUGAAGGCUUACAGGUGUUAAUUCCUUAUAGUUUGCAUGAAUCAAUAGCAAAGGCAUGGAAAAAGGCAAGUUUGCUAUCAGAAAGAAUUCCUACUCCUAUUAAGGGUUCAGAUUCUGUUUCUUUAGUAAACCAGGAAUCCCAAAACAUUGUGGCUUGGGAAGAGAAUUUGUUAGAUGAUUUACUACAUUUUGCUUCCACUCCCAAAGGACUAUUGUUUCUUCAAAGUACAGGUGCCAUGAAUGAAUGUGUGACAUUUAUGUUCAACCAAUAUGCAAAAAAGUUACAGAUCAGCAGGCAUAAGAAGUUUGGCUAUGGAGUUUUGGUCACACAGGUGGCGUCAACAGCAGCAGGCGCAACAGCCCUCCAAAGCUCAGGAUUUAUUAGUGCACUUAUAACUGAAUUAUGGGCCAGUCUGGAAUGUGGAAGAGAUGAUGUUAGAGUAACCCAUCCCAGAUCUACUCCAGUGGAUCCCAUUGACCCAAGCUGUCAAAAGUCUUUUCUAGGACUGGUAAAUUUGUUAUCUUAUCCUGCUAUUUAUGAGCUGGUCGGAAAACAAGGUCUUCCUAAUAAAGCAGAAUAUUCUCUUCGUGAAGUCCCAACAUGUAUUAUUGAUAUUAUUGAUAGACUUAUAAUUUUGAAUUCUGAGGCUAAGAUUCGUUCUUUAUUCAACUAUGAACAAUCACACAUCUUUGGUUUAAGGUUAUUAAGUGUGGCAUGCUGUGAUCUAAACACUCUUCUCCUAUUAGAGGCUCAGUAUCAAGUAUCUGAAAGGUUACUAAAUGCUCAAGAAGAAAAUAUCUUAGAGAUCUCUGAGAGCCACAGGAAUUUUAUAAUUGAUGGCCUAUCAGUAGAGAGAAAUCAUGUUCUUGUCAGAAUAAAUCUUAUUGGUGGGCCAGUGGAACGAAUUUUGCCUCCAAGGAUGCUAGAGAAGGGUGAUGAUCCAUAUCCUUGGCCAAUGUUUUCAUCAUAUCCUUUACCAGACUGCUAUCAGCCAGAGGUUACAACAAAUGGUGAUCUGAAACAAGACAGUGAUCUUGGCAAACUUCUAUUAUGCUUCAAAAUGUCUGAUAAACAAACAGAAUGGAUAGAAAAUUGCCAAAGGCAAUUUUGCAAAAUGAUGAAGGACAAACCUGAUAUAAUCAGUGGAAGUGUGUUAAUAGAAUUACUUGAAAAAUUUGUGCUUCAGCUCUCUGAAAGCCCAUCUGAGUGCUACUUCCCCUCAGUGGAAUAUACAGCUACUGAUGCAAAUGUGAAGAAUGUAAGUCUUUCAUCUGUGCAGCAGCUUGGCAUUAAAAUGACUGUCAGAUAUGGUAAGUUCCUCAACCUGUUAAAAGAUGGUGCAGAAAAUGAUCUUACCUUGAUUUUAAAGCACUGUGAGAGAUUCCUGAAACAGCAACAAGCUCCUGUAAAAUCUUCUCUUCAUAUCCUUUUUAACCUGCAGGGGAGUUACACUGGCCAUGACUGGUUUGUGUCGUCUUUGUUCAUGAUAAUGUUGGGGGACAAAGAGAAAACAUUCCAAUUUCUUCAGCAAUUCUCCAGGCUUCUGACCUCUGCUUUCCUUUGGUUACCAAGACUGCAUAAUUCUAGGUACUUACCUACUGAUACUAUAGAAUCUGGCAUCCAUCCAAUAUAUUUUUACAGCACUCACUAUAUUGAAAUGAUUCUGAAGGCGGAAGUGCCACUCGUAUUUUCAGCUUUUCACAUGUCUGGUUUUGCACCAUCACAGAUUUGUCUGCAAUGGAUAGCUCAGUGCUUUUGGAAUUAUUUAGAUUGGAUAGAAAUCUGCCAUUAUAUUGCUACUUGUGUUUUCCUUGGUCCUGAUUAUCAAGUGUAUGUCUGUGUAGCUAUAUUCAGACACCUACAGCAAGAUAUUUUGCAGCACACGCAGACUCAAGAUCUGCAGGUUUUUCUAAAAGAAGAAGCACUACAUAGGUUUCGAGUAAGUGAUUACUUUGAAUACAUGGAAAUUUUGGAACAAAACUACCGACCAUUGCUUUUGAGAGACAUGCGUAACAUUAAAGUGCAAGGCACAUAGAUCGUGGAACCAUGCUGUUUAAUUUUAUGUUGUAUUUACUUUUAAAGGAAAUAAAAGGAUUUGAUUGCUUUCUA